AUGGACGAACGUAGCUCGAAAUUCAGCAAAAAUGUUCUCCAUGUCAUCCCAGGGUACACGGGGUACUGCCCACAGCUGAAGUUUCAUAUAGGCAAGUCGUACGGAAAGCUCACAAGCCAGUUGCUGAAAGAGACACACUCAGGCCGUCUUCAGGUCCUCUCAGCAGAGACCAGCACUUCCCUUCCAUCCAUCCUCGGCAAUGAUUCCUACAGAAUAGUACCAGGAUACACAGGUUUCAUUCCAAGAUGUGAGGAGUACAUUGGCUGCACCUACUCCACGAUGUGCCAAAAAGCGCUGACUGAGUUUCAUCAGGAGACACAGGAGAGGAUUCGAAGGAGAUCAUUGAAUCUGCCUCUCGUCGGCAGUCAACACAUCGAUAGGCCAAAACCACCUGUGAAAGCGAUCUGCAGCACGGUGCCCUGCUACGAGUCCUUAAACACCUUCAUCCCUGGGAAACCAUAUCACAUGGAUGAGGACGAUCCCCAGAAGUACAUCAUCACAGGAUUCACAGGACAUGUGCCGAAGUCCCACUUCCUGUCUGGCUAA